CGCGAAGGAGGGCGCGGAGGACGAGGACGCGGAGAGGCGUCGCGUCAAUCGCGUCGUGCGGCGGGGCUGCUGCCCGAGGAGCAACCGAGCCUGGAAGAGGUUCAACGCAAUGCUCGGAGGGUUAACGCUGAAAAGCGGAAGGCGGCCCUGGCCGGAGAUGGGUCUUCGAACCAAGUCCAGCCGGCACCUGAGCCAGCCGUCUCAGAUGACGCGCACCAAGUGUCGAAGGACAGCGAGCCCGAACGUGCUGACGCGGGCGAGGAGUCGAAGACCGCUGAGGGGGAUCCUGGACAGGGUGAACCCAACCAGGCGUCUGAGGGAGGCGCCGACGUGGAUGAGCCCCAGGCGGAGGGUCGAGUUUCGGACUCCUCUCUGUCCGGCCAAGAUGUGCAG